CUCAACCAAUCAGCGUCCUCCGGAGCAUCAGCGGCUACUUGGAGAGGAGCUAACCUCACGCAGCCACAUUGCUUUGUACUUGCCACGUUAUAUAUUUCAUAUUUUACUAUAAACCAAGCAACAAUAAUCAACUUCUUAGGGGAAAUAGCAAGUCGCGUGUGAACCACACCAAACUAAAGCGAUGACAGGCUCGAACGAGUACAAGCUAAACCAGGGACCAGAGGACAGCAUCUCUGCUGUCAAGUUCAGCCCCAGCACAGCCCAGUUCCUGCUGGUCUCCUCCUGGGACUGCACCGUCCGUCUCUAUGAUGUCGGAGGGAACACCAUGCGGAUGAAGUACCAGCACACAGCUCCAGUUCUUGACUGUGCUUUUUAUGACCCGACACAUUCUUGGAGUGGAGGUUUAGAUGCACAAUUAAAAACUCACGAUUUGAACACAGACCAAGAUACAAUAGUUGGAACACACGAUGCCCCCAUUCGUUGUGUGGAAUACUGCCCAGAAGUUAAUGUCAUGGUAACGGGUAGCUGGGACAGAUCGGUUCGGCUGUGGGACCCAAGGACACCCUGUAAUGCUGGCACCUUUACUCAGCCUGAAAAGGUGUACACCCUCUCUGUGGCUGGAGAUAGGCUGAUCGUUGGCACAGCUGGAAGACGAGUCCUGGUGUGGGAUUUGAGGAACAUGGGCUACGUUCAGCAAAGACGAGAGUCCAGUCUCAAGUAUCAGACUCGCUGCAUUAGAGCCUUCCCCAACAAACAGGGCUACGUCUUGAGUUCAAUCGAGGGACGUGUAGCUGUGGAGUACCUGGACCCGAGCCAAGAGGUUCAGAAGAAGAAGUAUGCCUUCAAAUGCCACAGGCUGAAGGAGGAGGGAAUCGAGCAUGUUUACCCUGUCAAUGCCAUCUCAUUUCACAGUAUUCAUAACACCUUUGCCACAGGUGGCUCAGACGGCUUUGUGAACAUCUGGGACCCGUUCAACAAGAAGCGCCUGUGUCAGUUCCACAGGUACCCGACCAGCAUCGCCUCACUGGCCUUCAACAACGACGGCACUAUGCUCGCAAUCGCCUCCUCAUACAUGCACGAGAAGGGCGACAUCAGCCACCCAGAGGAUGCCAUCUUCAUCCGCCAAGUCACAGAUGCCGAGACAAAACCCAAAUCAACCUGAGUCUGCCUUUGAAUGGUUCCCUUUGCGUUUGAAGCCUUUAUCACAUUUGGGUUAUCUGCUGGCAUCCAGUGUACCAUUACCAUAUUGUUUGUCGCAUUUCUUUCCAUUCCAAAACCAGUAUGUCUUUCUUGUAAGUAAAUGUUUCCUCUCUUUAGUGGCUCUUGUUAAAUAUUUUGUUGUUUCAUGUUUGUUCUAAAAAGCAACUACCACUUUUCUUGACUAAAACUAUUUUUAAACGAACCUUCUGGCUUAUUGUUUGGUCAUUUUGGAGUCAUUGAAUACAAAUUGUUGAUUUUAUGAUCAGUUUCGUUCACUGCAAAUGAUGGAGUUUCAUUUAAUAUCAUACUGAAGCUGUCCUCAGAUCAGUCUUUUAGCACUAAUACAAGUGUGACACUUUGACUGUUAAUAAAACAUUUUUAUCUCAA